GAUAGCUCAAAACUCUCUCCUUUUUCUUUCUUUCUCUCUCUAUCUCUCUCUCUCUCGUUUCUCUCUCUAGAAAUGUUGAAGGCGUGGAAAUGGUACCAGAGCUGCCUAUCGGUCCACCCCGUGAAGACGCAGGUCAUCAGCUCCGGCGUCCUGUGGGGCGUCGGCGACGUCGCCGCCCAGUUCAUCACCCAUUCCACCGCCCGGAGGCGCCUCCAGGUUUCCGUGAGUUCCGUCGCCUCCUCCGUCGCCGACCAUUACCUUUGUGUAAAUUUACAGGAAGCAGAUGCUAAAUUCAAAGUCAACUGGAAACGAACAGCUAUUACAAGUUUGUUUGGGUUCGGCUUUGUAGGCCCCGUAGGCCAUUUGUGGUAUGAUGGGCUCGACAGAUUCAUAAGACUCAGGUUGCUUUUACCGCCAAAGUCUGCCAAGUUUGUUGCUGCUAAAGUGGCAAUGGAUGGGAUCAUCUUUGGGCCCUUUGACUUGUUUCUUUUCUUCAGUUACAUGGGAUUUGCCGCCGGCAAAAACGUCGCUCAAGUGAAGGAAGACCUGAAGAGGGACUUUCUCCCCGCUCUGAUCUUGGAGGGCGGAGUUUGGCCGCUCGUUCAAGUCGCCAACUUCCGAUACAUCCCAGUCAGAUAUCAGCUCCUCUACGUCAAUAUGUUCUGCUUGCUAGAUAGUGCUUUCUUGUCGUGGCUUGAGCAACAAAAGGACGCUCCUUGGAAGCAGUGGUUCACAUCUUUUCACUCCUUGAAGGAAGGAGGAAGUCAGGGCAGAUGACGAGAACCUUCUUCGACUCUUCAGCCGUGCCCGAGCGGGCGACACAGGUGAUUUAUACAUGUCCCGAGAAAAAUAUGUUUCCGAGAUUGUGCAUUACAAUGCAGUCAAUGGAGGGAGGGGCCAUCAAUCCAAUCUCUCCAGUUCACAGAUGCUAAUUGGCUCUUGCUUCGAAUUCAAUACAGAAAAAAAUGUCUGAUUUCCUCCCUCCAGAACAGAAUGGAAUCACGAAUCUUCUUCCAUGGGAGCAGGGACUUCGAUUGACAAUGUUGUUUUCAUCGCUGUAGAUCUCAAUCUGGCUGGAACAUGCCAAGAACGGUAGGCGUCACGGCAAGAGCUGCUUUUUCUUUGUUUUCUUCUUUCUCAUAAUUUUUUUAAGAAAAUUUGUUGGAAAUUUA